GCUUUUUCCCCGCAGAGUCCCUAUCAGCCUGCAGAGUCCCCAUCAGCCUGCAGAGCCCCAUCUUCCCCUGAGUCUUCGUCCUCCCCUCAGAUUCCCCUUCUUCCCUGCAUUCUGGGCCGGAACCCUCCGUCUGCCUGGCGCCCGGUCCCUUCCGCGGUGGGUGGGGCUGGCGGGGCCCCGGGCGUCCAGUCUUGCCCCAUCCCGUCCUGUCCUGUCCUGUCCUGUCCUGUCCAGUCCGGUCCCCACACUGGGACUUGAGCCCGGCCGCGGCCCUCUCUGCAGCUCUCCCCUGGAGUGAGUGGCGUUUCCAGGAGGGAAGCUGGGACCGAGGUGACGCUCCGGUGGCCUGGCCAGGGCGGUGCUGGGGACGCUAGGCUCCGAGCCCCACGCGUCAGUCCUGGGGCCGCCGGGAGUCAGUGUCAUUUGAGGAUGUAUCUGUGAGCUUCACCAAGGAAGAGUGAGAGGACCUGGAUGCUGCUCAGAGGACCCUCUACAGGGAUGUGAUGCUGGAGACCUACAACAGCCUGGUGUUGUUGGGACACUGCCUGACCAAGCCUGAGUUGAUUCUCAAGCUGGAACAUGGAUUUGAGCCAUGGAUUUUAGCAGAAACCUCAAUCCAGAACCUUCCAGGUGUAUAUCUCUAUGAAUGUAAAGAAUGCGGGAAAGCUUUCUCCUACAAGUCUCAUUUCACCCUACAUCAGAGAAUUCAUGCAGGUGUGCAUCCCUAUGAAUGUAAAGAAUGCACAAAAGUUUUUUACUGGAAGUCAGAGCUUACUCAGCAUCAGAGAACUCAUAAGGGUGUAUAUCCCUAUGAAUGUGAAGAAUGCGGGAAAGCUUUCAACUCUAAGUCUUACCUCAGUGUACACCAGAGAACUCAUACUGUAUGAUGUGAGUAUCUAACUCCUUAUGAAUGUAAAGACUGUGGGAAAGCUUUCCAUUCCAAGUCUAACCUCAGUGUUCAUCAGAGAAUUCAUACUGGUGAGAAGCCUUAUGGAUGUAAAGAAUGUGGGAAAGCUUUCUAUCAUAAGUCACACUUCAAUUCACAUCAGAGAAAACAUACGGG